UGGAUUGGAUUAGAAGGCGGUGAAAUCGAAAUAAACGUAAAACGUCUCCGGUGGCCACUUAUGUCUGCUUCUGAUAGGAAAGCAGAAUUAGCUCGGAAGAAAGCUAGACUUGCUGCCCUAAGAGACGAACGGCUUAAGAAAGAAGAGCUGCAACAUAAUUUUGCUCCUCAAACUGCUGGCGUUUUUGAUUCUAAUUCGAUUAGCGAAUCUGUUAGUAUCGACGGGAUCCUCAAGGAACUUGGGGUUGCAGAUAAUGUAGCAACUAAUGGAAAAAUCGAUGACGAAGAGCGUUUGAGUUUACUUGGUGUUGAAAAGCCACCUCCGAAACUUGGAGUUUCCAAAGUUGCUCAGUGCUGUGUUAACCCAAGAGAGCUUAUAACAUAUUCAAAGCAAGUUCAAACAGAACAGGAUGUUUUGUUAGAGGUGCAGUGUAAGCAAAUUUAUUCGAGUCACUCGGGGUUCUAUUUAGCACCGACCAUUGAUAGGUGGGACGAUGAUGCGUCACGUUCUCAUCUUGGGUUGCAAAGUUUUGAUUGGGAUGAUGAAAUUGGAGCCAUCCCCUACGAUGAUCAGGAGUCAGUUCUGCCAGAUGUGACGCAGCUUAUCAAAAACCUCGAAUUGAAUAAAUCUGUUCGGUUUUUGCAUUCUGAGACCCCGAGCAAACAAAUUCCGCUCUACGUUUGUGGGCUAGCGCUGCAGCAACUAAACCGGGGCGGUUUGGGGCAAAUUUUAGCGCGAGAACUGUCGGAGGAGGAAAAGCAGGUGGCGAUGGAGUCGGAGGAGUUCCAAGACUUCUUCCUGCGUACCUCGCGCAUCAUCGAACGCGCUCUUGAUGAUACUAAUGACAUCUUCUUCGACUACAGUGGCGCGGACCGCGAAGACACGCAAGGAAAGGACGAAUUGGUGAAGUAUAUUGGGGACUUUUACGAUAAUUCCUUCGUCUGCGACGCUUCCGUCGUUGCUCUCGACUGGUCCGCUGUGCACCCAGAACUCCUGUUAGUCGCCUAUCAGUCCAGAGAAGGCGGCGGCGUCAUCGACAAUGGUGCUGGUGAUGGCCUCGUGAGCGAAGGGGGUUCCUGCCUUGUGUGGAACCUCAAGUAUCGCCAGACAGCGCCAGAACACAUCUUCACCUACCAGGUCGACAUCACCGCCGCUAUUCUCACCGAGUUUCACCCCAAUUUGGUCAUUGGUGGAACGCGUGGAGGACAGAUUGUCAUAUGGGACAGCAGGUGCCCUAGCCUUCAUUGUCUACAUCAUUCUCCUAUAGCAUUUUUUAGCUACUCGACGGUCGCCUUGUCUGCUCUGGAAUGUGUGACUUUCACUUUGCCUAGAGCGAAUCGUCGAACACCCUCACAGAAGACCCGUCUCGCCGGAGGAUCAGCCCACGUGGAGGCAAUCUGCGGCCUCGCGGUGACGGGCAGCAGGAACGCCAACAGCCUGGUCAGCGUCUCCUCCGACGGUCGGCUCUGCUCCUGGUCCUUCGACAUGCUGGGGUCGCCCCAACAGUCCCUGGAAUUGGCCUCGGCCUCGAAGCGCACCGCCAACCCCAUCACCCCCACGUGCCUCGCCUUUCUGCCCGGCGAAGCCAAUCGGUUCCUGGUCGGCGCGCAGGACGGCAAUGUGUACGCGGGCUCGCGUCACGACAAGACUGCAGGCAUAAGCGAUCAAUUUGAGAGCCACAAGGCACCAGUGACGUGUCUUGCGAUGAUGCCCAGUCUGGAGGCGCCGCUGGGCCUGGAGGAACCCCCGUCUACCCUCUUCGUGACCACGGCGAUGGACUGCUCGGUGAAGCUGUGGUCCCAUCGCGAGCCCGCGUACCCCCUCCUCUCCUACGAUGAUCGGAACGAAUACUUUGUCGGCUGUGAUUAUUCGCCCAUUCACCCUGCUCUCUUCGCUACCACCGACCUCGGAGGCUCUGUCGACCUCUGGUCUCUCAACUCGGAUCAUGAGGUUCCAACUGCCUCGACACAAGUUGGAGGUGACGCGCUGCUGAACAGAUGCCGCUUUCAUAAGAAAGGUUUUCACUUGGCUGUCGGUGGCGAUGAUGGUCGAGUUCGACUGUUUGAGCUUCAUGAGAAUCUGGCGAUGCCCAAGGCAGACGAGUGGGUCCAGUUGAAUCGACUGGUGCGGAAUUUGUCAAACAGCGCCUCCGAACAGCGUGAAUUCGAUGUACAAAACCAAUCUCGGCACUUCCAAGGUCAUCAUAACCAUGCGCGAUAA